GGGAUGUUGUUCGGUUCAGUUCUACCGGCUCGGCCCAGUUGGAUCGCAAGUGCCGAUGGGAGCAGCAGCGUUGCCGUCGCCCGACGCUGUGUGGCUUGACAUCGCGACGUCCUUCAACAACAAACAAUAACAAUCAGACGAAACACACACACACACACAUUGGGCCGUUGAACUGUUUUUACUGCUGGAAAUCCGGCUCUUCUUUUCCUCGUGUGUGAUCGUAUGUGUCUCUUUCUCUCUCUAUGUGAAUGUUUAUGUGUAUUCAAGUGCUUCGAAUUCUAAGUCUGUCUCUCAACCUAAACACGAGCUUUUGAAACAUCCGCAGCGUUGGAAGUUUUGUCGGUUAAUUUCAAUGCAUCCGUCCCGGAAGUGUUCUCGCCGGAUGGCGAAAUUUCAAAAGUGAUUGUUUCCCUCCCAAAUAAAGGAAACGAAGGAUAGACCCAUAAAACAUUGAAGGUUGUUUUUUCCCAGACGAAGGGAAAAAAAAAAGAGGAUGAAACGGCCGAGUAGUUUCAAUGGUCUGCUGGUGAUGGCCAGUCUAAUCAUGGCGCAGAUGGGUGUUUCGGUUGAAUCCCAUCCGCUACAGAGGCGGCUCGAUCAUUGGGCUUCACCAAUGACGGAAUCGGAGGAUCACGCUCGUCCCAGUCGAAGCACGCGCGACAUCAACGACAACUUGUUGAUGUUUCUGAUGACUUUCGGGUAUUUGCCGCAGUCGGAUCUGGAAACUGGGAAUUUACGAACGGAGCAUCAGGUCCGUGAUGCCAUCAAAACCUUACAGACGGUCAUUGAGCAGCCAUGAGGAAUCGGAGCCGAGACAUAGGCUGCGACAUCAGGCUUCGAGGACUACACGAAAUAAACGCUAUACUGUCCAAGGUCAGCGCUGGCACUACACCAAUUUGACAUGGAGCUUGCGGAAAGGAGCCAAGUCCAGGGACAUGGAUAGUGGACAGAUCCGCUACCAGGUGCACCGGGCACUCAACCUGUGGCAAGAGGCUUCCCGGCUCACCUUUACCGAAGUUAACCAUGAAGAUGCAGACAUCCGCGUCUCGUUUCAUUCGGGUUUCCACAACGACGGAUAUCCGUUCGAUGGCAAAGGAACGCUGCUGGCGCACGCAUUUUUUCCUGGGACAGGGAUCGGUGGUGAUGCCCAUUUUGAUGAUGAAGAACCUUGGGUUCCAGACGAAGCCACUCAAAAUUCGGAAUUGAGCUUCUUUGCCGUUGCGGCUCACGAAUUUGGGCAUUCGCUAGGACUUUCCCAUUCGUCCGUUCAAGGGGCCAUCAUGUUCCCAUAUUACCAAUCCGUCGAUGGAAGUUUUUCGCUGCAUUCGGACGACAUUACCGGAAUCCAAGCCAUUUACGGCAGUCGAAAUGAAGGUCGGGUUACCAAUCCGGCUUUGAGACCGUCUACGACAACAACUCCCAGUCCAAGGAUAACAGGCAAGCCCGAAAUUCCUACCAAACCAACUCAACCGACCAAAAAACCCGUCCAUCCUCCCAAACCUCAUCCUCGUCCUCCUCAUGGAGGCCGAAAGCCCAGCACAUGCGAUACCACUUACGACGCCAUCUCCAUCAUUCGCCGUGAACUCUUUAUUUUCAAAGAUAGGUAUUUCUGGCGAAUCGGACCCACUGGAUUGGAGGCAAAUUAUCCCGUGGAAAUUGAACGUUUUUGGAGCAAGUUGCCAGUCAAUCUCACUCACAUUGACGCCAUCUAUGAAAAACCGUCUGGUCAGAGAGAAAUGGUCAUUUUCAUCGGGAAACAGUACUGGAUCUAUCCGAAUAAUGAACAAGGACUUGGACCCUAUCCGUUAACAAAUUUGGGUUUACCAACCGAUCUGGAGAAAUUGGACGGAGCCUUAGUUUGGGGACAUAAUGGAAAAACAUACUUUUUCAGUGGGUCAAUGUAUUGGAGGUUUGACGAAGAGACGGGUAAGGUGGAGCUGGACUAUCCUCGGGAUAUGUCCAUGUGGAAAGGAGUACCGUAUAAUAUUGACGCAGUAUUCCAGCACACCAAUGGGAAAACAUAUUUUUUCAAAGGCAAAGUGUUCUGGGAGUUUAAUGACAGACGGAUGCGGGUAGUCAACCCUAUUCCGUCUUUAUCGGCCCCAUAUUGGCUGAGCUGUCCGACCGGUAUGCAAACUUUAGAGGAGGACAUGAACGCAGGACCGGGCGAGGGCCGUUACCAAGUAGUCGAUAUUAUUGCUUCUUCAAAAUCUAUUUCUGCGAGCCCUGCUGCUGGGCUUCAGUGGUGCUUAUUCUCUUGCCUCUUGCUCUGGUGGUUCAUUCAUGAUUCAUGGUAAAACAUAAUAAAGGUUUUAAGUUUUCAAACUGAAUUUUCAUCUGUGAUAAUAGACUGCUUGAAAAUCAGAACCAUCUUUUUGAGUAAACAUGUCAUUGUCCACUGUUUAUUUGCACGUGUACGUUAAUAGCUAAUUCUUAUUUAUUUUUCCUUUUGUUUUUUAAAAUUAAAUUAACCUUCUUAUUCUCAAAACAAUAAAUUGUCUUUUCUUAUUGAAUAACUACAUAAGAACGCCACUCUGCUUGAAUGUACUGUAAAACUACGUCACCUUUUACUGGAAAAUAUAAAAGGGGACUAAUUUAAA